GUCCCUGAACGCCUCCUAUCCAUUAUCGUUGUUUGGACCACCCCGUGUCGUCCUCAGUAUUAUGUCGAAGCCCCAAAGUCGUCCCGAGCAGCCUCAUCACGAGUGCCUGGCUGUGGAGUUUCUCCGCGAACUACGUGAUCUGCAGUUGACGGGGAGCCUGUGCGAUGUUGUACUGCUGGGCAGCGAGGAAUCCGCGGUGGGCAUUCCCUGCCAUCGCAAUGUUCUCACCGCGCACAGCCUGUACUUUCGGGCAGCUUUCUGUCAGGACUGGAAGGACUCUUCACAACCUGAAUACCACUUGCAGAACAUCGACAGCCGUACGUUGAACGAGUUGAUCCAGUAUGCGUAUACCCUGGAUCUGGACCUGAGCGAUGACAACGUGGGGCCCAUUGUGAUUGCGGCGCAGUUCCUGCAGAUGACUCGAGUGGUCCGACUGUGCUGGGAGUACGUGGAGCAGCGCCUGUGCCUGUCCAACUGCCUGGCCGUCCACGCUCUGGCUUCGCAGUGCCACAACGACCGUCUGGCGAACGCAGCUCUGGAACUGAUCCUUCCACACUUCGUGCGCGUGGCGCAGAGCCAGGAAUUUCUGCAGAUGGACGCGCAACAGCUGACGGCGCUGAUCGCCUCGGAUGAAGUAGAAGUGUUCAGCGAAGAUCAAGUAUGGCAGGCGGUGGUGCGCUGGUUGGACCAUGACCAUGAUCCGGGGAGACUGGCGCAUCUGCCAAGUGUUCUACAGAAUGUCCGUGUUCCCUUUCUCAGCGAACAGUAUCGAUACGAUUACCUGUCCGUAAUGGAUGCCAACGGAGUGCCCGCCGGGGAAGCGCAGAGCACUGUGAAACGCCAUUCGUGCGGUGCGCAGGAAGUGAUCCUCUGCGUGGGCGGUUGCGACGACUACAGGGAUGUAGGCACCACAUUCGUUUUCAGCCCAUCGGUGCCCGCCGUGUGGCCCCUGAAGGAUCUGGACAUCCCGCCUGGUGGCUGCAGCGCAGCAUGUCUGGACACCACUUCCAUUCUGAUUUCCCAUUUUAAAGGCAUGAAAACCGUACGACGCGGCAGCCACUACUUGGAUCUCUUUGACGAGUGGCGCGAGCUGGCUCCCAUGCAGACACCGCGCACGGACACAACGCUUGCCGUGCUGAAUGGUCGCACUUACGCCGUCGGUGGCUGUGCUCUUAACCAAGGACCUAUGGACUUCAGUUCGUUGACGUCCGUGGAAGUCUUUGACCCGCAAAGCGAUACCUGGAGUGCAGUCGCUCCGCUACCGGUUGAGUUGGCGGGAUUUGCAUUGGUGGCUUGUGACGGUCGCUUGUUCGUGUUCGGCGGGGAAAGCGCGGAAGUUUACAAUCCGGUUUUCUCGUACGACCCAAAAGCAGAUGCAUGGACGAGACUGCUCGACAUGCCGGCUGACAUCGACGGCUGUGUUGCCUGCGUGGGAGCAGGCGGACUGAUUUUCGUUUUCGGUGGAUGUAGUAUCACUAAUGUGAAUCGGUUUGUGCGCGUGGAUGCGUAUAACCCUGCCAGUGGUCAGUGGAUAAGGAAAGCGGAUCUGAUCAGGAGUCGCUCUAGUCCCGGAUGCGCUUACCUGGACGGGAAGCUGUACGUCAUUGGAGGGGAUGUAGAGGAAUGGGACAGUUAUGGCACCAUCGAAGUGUAUGAUGAUGAGACGGACAGCUGGACGCUGCUUCCGAAGAACUGCCGACUGCCGGAGGGCAAAUCUGGCAUGGCUUGUGUUGUCAUGAAGAUGAAGCGACCAAGGGAGAACGAGAGGAAGCGGAAGCGACGGCAUUGGAAUGGGAAGCAAUGACACCGCAAGCGGAGCGCAAGCCCUUCAACUCCAUGACACCACAUCUUCGUCUUCAAGCCGGGCUGAUGCACACGCGUACCAGGAGUUGACUUUCAGUCCUGCGUCUGUUUCUUGAUCCGCACACGUACAUUUCGUUUUCUUGACUGCGUGACGUUGGGGAAUGGUCUCGUCCGCAGUUGCUAUCCUUGGCUAGCCCUUAAGUUCCGAGAUCUUUCUGUGGCAUUUCUGAUGUGAAUUGCGAAGUGGGAUUUUUUUUUCUCGAUGAUCGUCGGUAGGCAGGUU